UGAGGUAUUUAGAAGGUCAACAAAAUCAAAAUGCGUGAUGAUGUAGCAUAUGGUGACGGGUUUAAACGAUCGUUGAAAUCACUUGUUCUUGAUCGUGAAUUCCGAUGAUGGUCUGCUACAAAAGCUUUCCCAGAUACUAAGUAAAGCAAGUGGUAUAUGUCAGACUAGCAAGCUCAAACUGUGAGCUAAGUAUAUAGCACUCUGAGGCACUUGUCACUGGCUUAAAAUCGUCGCUCAGCGGGAGAAAUCGACUUUAUCACAAGAGAUUCAAGUUGGUAAAUAUCCCUAUUCGAUAUUCGUCACAAUGGGGCGAUCGGGAAGCCAUUUACAAAUACAGGAAUGGACUUAUUAUGAUCCAACAUAGGCGCACAGGAAACGCUCGAGUAAGCGGGCCAUAACUUGUAAAUAUUGACUGCAUUUUGAGAUAUAACGGCCCGAUUGGACGGAGUUUUCUAUAAAUUGCCUUUUCCAUGUUCUUAAAAUUGCGACGUUUGAAAUUUGUGGCUAGGAAUCUCGUGAUUUGUGGCAUUAUUAUCUGUAUUUUAUUGAGUUUCCUAUCUUAUACAUCGUUUAUGUAUGACGAUUCAAGUUCUGUGGUUGUUUACGAUGGAAGUGAACGGACGUUUUCGAACAUCGAACUUGUCAAACGAGAACUUCUCAAUGAUAAAUUUAGAAGAUAUAAGGAUCAAGACUUCGUUUCUAAAACAUCUGACGUCGCCCACAAUGUCUUCGAGAUCGCUCCACACGUCAAAAGCACAGAUAACGAGUUAGAAUUCUACCAAGUGGACUCAACAUUUCAAACUCCAUCUACAAAAUUCAUCCUUGUCCUGCAUCAUUACGAACAACUUGGGAAAGCUACAGAGAACUUGCUUCAACUCUGUGCGAUGGCUAAAGAGAUGGAGAGGAUGGUAGUACAACCGUUUGUCCGGGAUUCUAGAAUGUGCGGUUUACCGGGCGGUUGGUACGGCGAGAAGCGAAGCAAAAGCCGAUUGUUUCGACCUUUUUCGACAUAUUUUGACGCGGGGUACACUAAUGAAUUGCUGUCGAAUUCUGGAUACUCAACACUAACAGAUAUUGGUAACUUUAGAAAGAGCUGCUCAUCAAAUGUUGCACAAACAGUCUUGGUACAUUUUAUUUUUAAUGAUAACGGCGCUGAGGAGAGUUUAAAAAAAUGGUAUGGGAUCUCAGACGAGAGAUAUCAAAAAGUAAUUAAUGACGUCAAGCAUAGUGGUAUUAGUGAUUGCGAAUUUAUUGAUGAAGGACUUAAUGUUUCUAAUCGGAUUGGAAAUGUAAAAAUCGGUAGACAAAUUUGCAUAGAUGCAGAGAAAAUAAAGAAUAUAAAGGUAUUGGAGGAUAAGAUUUUACAACGUCGCCCUUGCGUUGUGGUAAUCCACUGGAGGGGACUUGGCAAAAACAGAGCGCAUUUUAAACCUCGAGUGUCGGUGAAACCCUGGCAGCUAGUACGUUCAAUGAGGCAUAGUGAUUUUAUCUUAAACGAAGUGGAACGCUUUAAAGAUACCUUUCUUGGACAACAAUACAUCUCGAUUCACAUUCGCUCCGAAAGACAGCUUCAAUGGUAUGGAAUGGGAAAGCUUCAGAAAUGUUUAAAAGUCAUGACUGGGUUAGUAGAAAAAAUGUCCUCGAAACACAAUACAAGUGUUGUAUUCCUAUCCACUGAUCUUGGCGCUUUUGGCUCAGACACGCUUUACCCGUUGACAUCCCAAGACGAAGGUCUACAGAAGAAUCUCAUAGCUACCCAAAAAUUGUUGACCGAAAAAUUAAGACCAGUGACAUUUUCUCCAACAUCCAAGGACCCUCUUUCUCUUGACAAGGGCGUGGUUGCAAUCAUCGAGAUGAACCUCUUGUUUGGGGGGAGUCACCUAGUGACUGUCGGCUCUGGGACGUUCCAGCAGUGGAUAAUAGAUGUAUUUAUCAGUCGGCACUCUCAGGAUGGGGAUUGGACAGUUACAAGGGUAUGCAGCAAAGAAGAGAAAGGUACUAACAAGGUUUAAAAAGCUAGAGGAUUUACGGAGAGGCAAGAAUUUAAUUAUCUGGGGUUUAAAAUAGGAGGAGCACAGGUGCACAGCUAGGGGUGGAGGUAGGGCACUCCUUCAAAAAUGUGAUCUUAUUUAUGUAUAUGAUAGAUAUGGCUGCACCUCUCCCCCUCUAAGCAAAUCCUGUUUACAUGCCUCCACACAUAGCCGUAGCAGGCCUCAAAAGAUUGGAGGGGGGGCACAAUACAGAAACAUUAAGAAAACAAUGGGGGCCAUAGCCACGCCCCUACUACUUUUUCAAAAUAUUGGGGGGGCACAUGCCCCCAGUGCUUCACGCCCUGCUAGGCCACAUAAACUAAUGGGGAAGAACACUCCACUACAAGGACUUGUUUGGUUAGAGCAACAAGGGCUGUGCAUUGUUCUGGGUUCUGGCCAUGCAUACAAUAUUCUUAUAAGCUAGUAGUUUACUGUGCAGUCAUCUAAAGUAAUACCACAAUAUGGCUUUGCAGGAAUUUAUUAUCACCAAAAGAUUGAUAUUAUUUAAAACUAGUAAUAAAUUAUUUAUUAAAAAGGCCAAUAUAUAUCCAUUGAGAAAAAGCCCAUACAUACCCCACAGAGGGAAUUAAAAAUUAUUAUGGAGGUUGGGGUAUUUUAGUGUUGGUGACAAAGGGGUUAAAAUCCUUCUUUCUGACCAACAUUACAUAACACUAGGUUAUCAGGGGGGAGGGGAAAGGAUACUCUGUGGGGUCAUGAGACAGAAACCUCCAAGAUUGAUAAAGGAUAUGUUAUUGAUAUUUCAGGGGCAUGUCCACAAGGGGGGUGGGGAAGUCCAAGGGGCCCAGACCCCACACUGCUCAUUUGCUGAGAUAAGAAAUUAUUACGUGGGUAAUCACUGAAUAGACUCAAUUGACUGCCGAAUAUUUAAGAAAGUGAUUGAGUGAUGAAUUAUGUAUUUACAUAGAAAAGGUUUGGAUAUAGAGAUAUGUCUAGUGACAUAUUUUUUAGAUCUCAGGAAUGACUUUAGAUGUGAGAAAAUUAAUUCUCAUUUUCUGGAUUCCACCCUACAUUUUCCUCUGGGCAGGCCCCUGUAUGCAAUGCAUGUAUUUAUAGAUUAUAAUUUUUGUAUGCAAUAAAUUUAAAACUAUCCAGCA